AUGUCAUUAGUUGUUUUGUUUUUUAUCUUAUGUGGUUUAAAUUUAAAAGUGAAUGGAGAUGAAGAAUAUGGAGGCUUGACCUUUGACUUUUACAAUAAAACAUGUCCGCAACUUGAAAAAAUCGUCGAAGAUGCAAUUUCUUCGAUGUCGAAAGAAGAUCCUAGAACCCCUGCUGCUUUAUUGAGGCUAUUGUUUAACGAUUGUGUGGUUAUGGGUUGUGACGCUUCGAUCCUUCUUGAUUUGAAAGACAGGAGCAAAUCAGAAAUGGGGUCGUUUAGUAAUUUCGGUAUCAAGAAAAGGGAGUUAAUUGGGCAAAUAAAAUCAAUGGUGGAUAAAGUUUGUCCUAAACAGGUUUCGUGUGCUGAUAUUCUAGUCCUCGCGGCUCGAGAAUCUGUAGCUAUUUCUCAAGGGCCGAGAAUUCGAGUCCCACUUGGACGAAGGGAUUCAACCGUUGCAUAUACCAAUUUUGAUGCAGAUACCCACUUGCCUCAGGUCGAUAGUUUUCUUGGUUAUUCGUUAGGUAAACUAAGAGACCUCGGUGGCGGAAUGACCGACGAGGAAGUUGUUGCACUAUUAGGUGCACAUACACUUGGUACUUCUAGUUGCGCAACAAUUCAAUAUCGUGUAGACUUUCCGGGCAUCAUAGAAACUGAUACAAAUUUUGUGAACAAGUUACGGAAAACUUGCCCCAAGGGGGCUUUAUCCAACUACAAUACAUCCCUAGCUAAUGAUCGUACACCUUAUAAAUUUGACAACGACUAUUAUUCGGCUUCGUUUGGAGGAAGAAGUCUAUUGGUGAUUGAUGCAACAUUAACUCAAGAUCAAAGAACCGUUGAACAAGCUGGGAGAUUCGUUACCGACCAAGCAUAUUUCUUUAAAAUGUUUUCGUCUGCCUUUGUUAAGCUUUCUGUCACACAAGUUCUUACCGGAAACGAUGGAGAAAUUAGAAACCAAUGUAAUAAGUUGAAUCGAGCUAAUUGA